AUGAGUGUUCCUGCAAAAUCAGAGCCAUGCCCUGAAACCACCAGCAUCAGCUUAUCAACAGACGAACUUCCAUGGCUGCGACAAGUUUCAAAAGACAUAAGCACAGAAGUUUCCCUCGAUCUAAGGCUCUCUAAUGAGGAUUUGGUUGGGAGUUUGAUGCCAGAAGAACUGAACCUUAUUGAUUCUUUUGAUGCUAUUUGUUUGCCAGGCACUUCUAGCCAAGGUAAAGAAGUAGCUAAGCCUCGAGUUUUAUCGUGCAAUUAUUGCCAGAGGAAGUUCUUCAGCUCACAGGCACUUGGAGGCCACCAAAAUGCUCACAGUCGACAGAGAAAACUGGCUAAAAUAGGCCGUAAAUUGGAUCACGUGUCAAGUGAGUACAAAUUCUCGAGCGUGUCUUCUAUUUCUUUGCAUGGCUUCAAUAGAUCACUUGGAAUUCAGGCGCAUACAAUGAUUCAAAAGCCUUGUGCUUCCCAUGCACCCAUUUUUGGUUCCUUUCAUCCCUCUGAACUUGAUGUCUGGGACAGGCAGCACCUUUACACAAAACUGGCAGCUGGACGGCCCUCGCCAGAGAGUUUUCUGUCGGGAGAUUCAUCGGUACCGUCGUCAAGCAGGGGAGCAGCAAGGUUUGAUGGCGGUUGGAUGCUGUCGCCGACUAGUGGUUCGUUGUUUAAUCCAAAGCAUAAACAUGAUGAACUGCACGAGCUAGACUGUUUAGACUUGUCUCUCAGGCUGUAA